AAGUCAACAGACGCCUACGUCAUUGACGCGCGUUGAGGCAUGCGUGCGAGAGGAUCGAGCGCGCUCUUUGACAGGAGUUUUAGUGCGAGAAGUGGGAGGAGGAAUUGAGUGAUGCGAAAGAAACAGGCGACGAGUUAAAAAAUACAAACAACACAGAGAGAUGAGCAGUAACGCAGCAAGCCCAAUGUCUGGUGUGGCGUCUUUAAGUUCCGGAAGAGGAACUGGAAAGUCUGCAAGCUUUGUUCCUGAGUUGCAAACAAUGCUAUUUGCUCUCGGAGAUGUCCGUCGACCUCUUCAGGAAACUGCAGCAUUAGUAGAAGACAUAGUGCAUAGCCAGCUCAUUCACUUGUUGCAGCAAGCUGCAGAUAUAUCUCAGUUAAGAGGAGCUAGAGUUAUAUCUGCUGAAGACAUCUUGUUUCUUAUGCGUAAAGAUAAGAAGAAGCUUAGAAGAUUGUUGAAAUACAUGGCUUUUAGGGAUUAUAAAUCCAAAAUUGUCAAAAGUAUUGAUGAAGAGGAACCCAUUGAAACAGACAAAUUCAGCUGCAGCAAUGUCAACAAGAGGCAGAAGUUGGCUCAGGACUUUCUCAGUUCUAUUGAUCAAACAGGAGAAUUUCUGGCACUACUGGAAGACACUGAAAUUGAUGAAAUUAAACAGGAAAGACUGGAGAGAGCUGAACGACAGACCAGAAUGAUGGACCCAAUUCAAUAUGCAGAAUUCUGUGAAAGCCGGCAGCUGAGUUUUUCAAAAAAGGCAUCCAAGUUUAGAGAGUGGCUCGACUGUAGCAGUAUGGAAGUGAAGCCUAAUGCUGUUGCCAUGGAAAUCUUGUCCUACCUGGCCUAUGAGACAGUUGCUCAGCUGGUUGACCUUGCACUUUUGGUGAAGCAAGACAUGGCCACAAAGGCAGGAGACCCAUUCAGCCAUGUUAUUUCAGCAACUUAUAUACAACAUUAUAAUACUCCAGGAGAGGGGCUGUCUGUAUCUGUAAAGACCCAUAUGGAUUCCCCUGAGAACACCCCUCCUUCCACACCCACCACCCCAGCCUCAGGGCCCCAGCAUGGAGUGAAAACUCACCCAGGCAAUCUUGGAAAUGGAGGUGUUGGGCAAGAUUUAUGCAGCAAAGUUAAACAGAGAAAACGAAAAAAGAGCGCUGCAGCCUGUGGUCUCCCGGCUCAAAGUGAUGCCAUUCAGCCCGCCCACAUCAGAGAGGCAAUCCGACGGUACAGCCACAAGAUUGGCCCACUCUCCCCAUUCACAAGUGCCUACUGCAGAAAUGGGAUGACAUUUCUAGCCUGUUGAUCUGAAGAAGAACAGUAAAUAUAGAGACGCCGUCUAAAGAUGUAACUGCCAAUAUUACAGAAACCAAGACGCCAUUUCUAUCAUCAGUACUCUGCCAGAUUUGUCUUUCAGUCACAGAAGAUGACAGCUUAUGAGGACGAAUUUUAGUGAGAAAUGACGCCUUUAGUUGUUGUUAAUCACACUGAAACACUGAAUGGCAACAAAAAUGAAAAGUUGUAUUGUUUCCUUGCACAUUUAAGCCUUCUUUUUUCAUGAAUAAAGAGUUUACAGACUUUCCCAUUU